GGUACCCAUAUCGUCAGUAUGUAGACCUUACAUAUGAAUAUCGUGAAUGCUUACAGAGUCCGGAUGCCGAUUAAAAUUCACCAGUGGCCCCUUUGGCUUGGGCUUUGACGGUGGACGAGUCCAGCUCGCCUGUGUCACAGCCUUUGGGUUGAAAGGGCGGUCUGUCGGUCCACUAAAGCUGUACGCUGAAGGGUUGUAAAGGAAUGGAGGCGACUCUCCCAUUGUGGCGAUGGAAGAAUCUUUGACUUUGUGUUUAUUAAUACAUCCACCCACGCGAGAGAGCGGGGAGAUGAGCGCGUGGUAGACGCAAUAACCUUAACAAAAAGAAUGCUGGGGAAGAUGAAGCAUGUAGGAAACAAGAGACGGAACCAUGGAACGAUGGAAUGUCAGAGGAGGAAAGUGUCCGAGAAGCUCGUGCGAGCUGACCCAUGCAAAAGCCCUUCUCUAUCUACUCCGGAUCGUCAACAUCGCGAUAGUCGGCGCGGCAACCGGCCCGAUAAGGAUCACGUGCACUGCCGUCAUGGCCGUUUAUCGAUCUCGGGGAAAGUCAAUCAGAUCGAUCAAUUAAUUGCGAACUCCACUGCGCAUCCGUCUCAGGCACAAUGAACCUCCAGCGUGUGCCUUACAUCUGCUCGCAAUGCACGGUGCAGAUCAGCCGCUCUCCACUUCGUCGCUCGCCGCAUCGUCUUUUGCCGCAGUCAGUAUGGCAACGACGUCAUAACAGUCAGUCUGUGCAGACUAAUCAGCCAUUUCGCGUUGCUGUUGUGGGGUCGGGUCCGGCCGGUUUCUAUGCAGCCUAUAGACUGCUGGCAAAAUUGGACGAUGCUGUGGUAGAUAUGUACGAAAAGUUGCCCGUGCCCUUCGGGCUGGUGCGGUAUGGUGUAGCGCCAGACCAUCCGGAAGUCAAGAAUUGUGAAGAGAAAUUUACUGAAGUUGCCUCAUCUCCCCGGUUCAACUUCAUUGGCAAUAUUGAACUCGGCGAGAAUCUCCCUCUACAGGCGCUGAAGCCUCAUUAUGAUGCUAUCUUAUUUUCAUACGGAGCUCCAAAGGAUAAGGAAUUGGGUAUUCCCGGAGAGAACGCCUGUCGAAAUGUAUACUCAGCUCGCGAAUUUGUCGGAUGGUACAACGGUCUUCCCGAGCACCGCGACCUAGCACCUGACCUGACAGCCGGUGAAGACGCAGUGAUUAUCGGCCAGGGCAACGUUGCGCUAGAUGUAGCAAGAAUCCUACUGUCAGAUGUGGAUGCCCUGCGCAAGACUGACAUAACGGACUAUGCUACCGAGGCAUUGGCCAAGAGCAAGAUCAAGCGAGUUCACGUAGUUGGGCGUCGAGGGCCGAUGCAGGCUGCAUUCACAAUCAAGGAGCUUCGUGAGUUGCUCCAGCUACCGGGGGUGUCGUUCGAUCCAGUUCGUAAGGAAUUAUUCCCACCAGACGAUGUCAUGAAUGCCCUCCCUAGAGCCCAGAAGCGACUCAUCCAACUACUCGCAAAGGGAUCCAGUAACGAUCCCGCAACAUCGACCAAAUCCUGGUCUCUAGAUUUCCUUCUCUCGCCAGAGUGCCUCAACUGGUCCCCAAUCCAUCCAUAUCGCCUGUCACACGUCAAAUUCUCCCGCAAUGAGUUAGACCCGACCAAUCCAUAUAUUCCUAGCGCCAAGGUGUCGCCCAAGCAUCUUUCCAGCGGCAAGCGAGCGCAGGUCAACAUUCCUGCUAAUACAUUCUUCCGAAGUGUUGGAUACAAAUCACUACCUUUGCCUGGACUGGAAGACCUGGGGAUUCAGUUCGACACGAAGCGAGGUGUCAUCCCCAACGACGGAUUCGGCAGAGUCACGAGCCCCACGAAUACGGGGGCUAACGAACAACUCCCUGAUGGGUCAGUUAUCUCACACCUACCGGGUCUCUACUGCGCUGGCUGGGUCAAGCGUGGACCCACCGGCGUUAUUGCAACAACCAUGACGGAUGCAUUUACGACGGCAGAUGUGGUGGUGGCUGAUUUGAGCAGCCACCGAGGCAAGGGGUCUCUUUUGAAUGGCCCCGGUCACAGCACCGGUCUUGGCUGGGAGGGAGUACGUCCCGAGGCCGAGAAGCGUGGCUUGCGGGCAACAACCUGGCAGGAUUGGCAGCGUAUUGAUGCUGCCGAACGCGAGCGGGGCCAGCAGAUCGGUAAACCCCGUUCUAAAUUCGGCAGAGUGGAAGAAAUGCUGGAAGUUGCACAGUAAAGGAUGCGUGUACACUAUGAUAGACCUCUUAACACUAUUUAUAUAGAACUACUACAAUAGAUCACGAAAAGAUACCAUCUCCACUUUCAGAAUCAAAUGCAACGUUCUUUAAUUAUGCU